UCUGCCUAAAUGAUGAAUACCAAUAAAUUUACAUAAUUUCCUUUCACCAAAACCCCAUGUGGUUUAAAAAUUAUUUUGUUUUCCAUCUAAACAAAGAGGCGUUUCAUUAAAUCAAGAACCACUCCACCAAAACUAUGUGCAGAUUUGAAUUUUUUAAGUUGAUCAAGUCAUACGCAGCUGAUCAAGAGUCUUCUGUUGCUGUGGUUUGAAAUGGUAUUGGUUAUUCUGUGUGUGUGAAGUAUUAUCAAGGAAAAGAAGUGAAGGGGAUUUGGAACUUUUCUUCCCAACCAAAGGACUGUAUAUGUUGCCUUGAAAUGUAACAUACCAGCAUAACCAUAUGAUGGUGUUGAAUUUUCUGUUACUUCUUGUUACAGUGAACGAAGUACGCUUGCUGCAAGAUGUUCCUGUCUUCUUUUCCUAACAAAAGACCAAAGGAUGAUUCAAAAAGCUGAUUUGGUUAUUAUUGGAAUCUGUGUUGGCUUGGCAGCAGGCAUACUUAUAGCUUCUCUUAUAUUUUUUGGCAUUCGCUGGCACAAAAAGCAUGCUCGUCUUCAGCAACGUGAAAAUGAACGUUCUCCAUCUACUCUUCCAAUACGUAGACAUGGCUUAAAUAUGAGCGUUGAUUUUAGUGCAUCUCUUUCAAGUUCUGUGACUAACGGACCUACUGAGCCCAUCCAGAAACCCCAUCAUUCUUGGUGGAAUAAUACUACCAAAGACCGAUUUGCUUCUGUAUCCGGCAUUCUAAGAUACUCGUACAAAGACAUUCAGAAGGGGACACAGAACUUCACUACUAUUCUGGGACAGGGUUCUUUUGGCCCUGUGUAUAAAGCUACAAUGCCUGCUGGUGAAGUGGUUGCUGUGAAAGUUCUUGCGUCAGAUUCAAAACAAGGGGAAAAAGAGUUUCAAACUGAGGUUUCUUUGCUGGCUAGGUUGCAUCAUAAAAAUUUAGUGAAUUUGGUCGGAUAUUGUGUUGAUAAAGGGCAACACAUGUUAGUAUAUGAGUUCAUGAGCAAUGGAAGCUUGGAGAACCUUAUAUAUAAUGAUGUGGAACAAGCAUUGAGUUGGGACGAUCGGGUUCAAAUAGCACUAGACAUUUCACAUGGCAUUGACUAUCUUCAUGAUGGGGCAGUGCCUCCUGUCAUACAUCGAGAUCUUAAGUCAGCUAACAUAUUGUUGGAUCGUUACAUGAGAGCAAAGGUUGCUGAUUUUGGGCUGUCGAAGGAAGAGCAUUUUGAUGGCCGCAACUCGGGCCUUAAAGGUACAUACGGAUACAUAGAUCCCAUGUAUAUAUCCACAAACAACCUCACAACGAAAAGCGACGUGUACAGCUUUGGUAUUAUACUCUUUGAGCUCAUCACAGCCAUCCACCCCCACAAGAACUUAAUGGAGUAUGUCAACCUUGCCUCCAUGAGCCUGGAUGGCGUGGACGAUAUAAUCGAUGCAAAGAUGGCAGAGACAUGCAACAUCGAAGAAGUGAGGAGUUUAGGUAAAAUUGCUCACAGGUGCUUGCACAAAACACCCAGAAAGCGCCCCUCGAUGGGGGAGGUUUCCCAGGCCAUUGUGAAGAUAAAGCAGCAGAGGAGGCGCCUUGUUAAAGAGGACACCAUGUCUUUUGCAGGAGAGGAUUUAUCGAUGGCUGUGAGUCGAAUCGAAUGCCAACAGCUGGAGCUGAGACGAAUGGCCAGCAUUGAGGAGAGGCCCAAUGAAUGAUUUUGAUUCUUUUUGGAGAAAGAGUUAAACAGUCUGUAGUGUCUAUAUAGAUUUAGGACUGUUAACCGUAAUGUGAGUCAGGACUCACUACUUGAGUCACCACAAAUAUAGAAGGCAAAAAUUUAUUUAGGCGUUGAAAAGGCGUAUAGCAUAGCAUCUCUCUAUAAAUGAUAUUUAUCAUUUGAUAUUGCAAUAAAAAUCUUGAAAGUGUGGAAUCAUUUCCUAAA